GGGCUCGUCGCGGCGCCGAGCGGAACCGAGCGGAGCUGCGCGGCCGGGCUGGCAGCGGCUCCUCGCCCUCCGCGCCGACGAUGCUGCGCGGGGGUCUGCGGCGGGCGGCGGGGCUGGGGGCCGUGCUGCUGGGCUCACUGCUGCUGGCGGCUGCCCGCGGGGCCGAGGAGUGCAUCCGCGGCAACGGCGCGUCCUACCGCGGGAGCCGGCGGGUGGCCUCCGGCGGUGCCCCGUGCCUCAACUGGCUGGCGGUACGGAGCGGGCCCGGCGCCGCGCUCCCGGCAGCAGUCGCCGAGGACCACAACAGCUGCAGAAACCCGGACGGCGACGCCAAGCCCUGGUGCUACAUACGAGGCGCCGCCGGGGACCCGGAGCGCAGACCCUGCGACAUCGCCCGGUGCUCAGAUGCUACAGCUGCUACAGCUGCCCCAGCCCCUACAGCAGAAGUUGGUACUUCUGAGGAGGUUGACCAGGUGUUUGAACCAGCUGAUACCUUGCCUUCUCGGAGUGAGGCAGCUGCUGUACAGCCUGCCAUUGGGAUCAGUCAGAGAGUGCAGAUGAACUCCAAAGAAAAGAAGGACUUAGGGACACUAGGCUAUGUGCUGGGGCUGAUCAUGAUGGUGAUAAUCAUUGCCAUUGGAACUGGCAUUGUCCUGGGAUACAUCUAUAAGAGGGGCAAAGACCUGAAGGAAAAGCAUGAACAGAAAGUUUAUGAGCGUGAAAUGCAGCGCAUCACACUGCCGCUCUCAGCCUUCACCAAUCCUGCCUGUGAGCUUGUAGAUGAGAACACAAUCGUGGUGCACACCAACCAGACACCUGUGGAGGACACACGAGAUGGCAGUGGCCCCCUCAUGGGGCAGGCUGGUACUCCUGGUGCCUGAGCAGCUGGGGCAGGACAUACAGGCUGAGCAAAGCCUCCAGCUUCCCACUGUGAGUGCAGGGGUUGCGUGUGUUCAUUUUUAUUUUGUUUUCUUUUUGAUGAAAGCCAGAUGAAGGUGAUGCAGAAGGACAGAGCAAUGGGCUAUUCAUCACUAUCUGUUUGAGGGGCACCAUUCAGUGCAUGACCAACUGGGGAGUGAUGUGGUGGACUCUACUGCUCUCUCUCACCUAUCUCCAUAGCGUGCCAAGGAGCUGGGGAGGAUGAUGGGCCAGGCUCACAGAUCCCAUGGCCUGGAGUGUGGUUUUGGCUUCCUCUUUUUCUGUUCCUUUCCUAUUUAAUGGUGUGCACUGUUACU